CCGGUGGCGCUGGGGAGCGGGGAGCCCCGGGGAGGACCCAGCCGCGGCGCAGCAUGUUCCAGCCGGCGCCCAAGCGCUGCUUCACCAUCGAGUCGCUGGUGGCCAAGGACAGCCCCCUGCCCGCGUCCCGAUCGGAAGACCCCAUCCGGCCGGCGGCGCUCAGCUAUGCCACCUCCAGCCCCAUGAACCCCUUCCUCAACGGCUUCCACACGGCCGCCGGCAGGGGCGUCUACACCAACCCGGACUUGGUCUUCGCCGAAGCGGUGUCGCACCCACCCAACCCCGCCGUCCCGGUCCACCCGGUGCCGCCGCCGCACGCCCUGGCCGCCCACCCCCUGCCCUCCUCGCACUCGCCCCACCCCCUGUUUGCCUCGCCGCAGCAGAGGGACCCGUCCACCUUCUACCCCUGGCUUAUCCACCGCUACCGAUAUCUGGGCCACAGGUUUCAAGGGAACGAGACCAGCCCCGAGAGCUUCCUCCUGCACAAUGCACUGGCCCGAAAGCCCAAGCGGAUCCGCACAGCCUUCUCCCCGUCCCAGCUACUGAGGCUGGAGCACGCCUUCGAGAAGAACCACUAUGUGGUCGGGGCGGAAAGGAAACAGCUGGCCCACAGCCUCAGCCUCACGGAAACUCAGGUAAAAGUAUGGUUUCAGAACAGAAGGACAAAGUUCAAACGGCAGAAGUUGGAAGAAGAAGGUUCGGAUUCCCAACAGAAGAAAAAAGGGACCCAUCAUAUUAAUCGAUGGAGAAUCGCUACCAAACAGGCCAGUCCAGAGGAAAUAGACGUCACUUCAGACGAUUAAAAAAAUACACACAAAACAAAAAAGCACACACAAACAAUAACGAUCCAGAGAGAGAAGAACAAAAACAAAGCAAACUAACAACCGCCCACCAAAAAAAAAAGCCGGCACUUAUGAGACUUUUCAGCAGCAAGUGUUAAGGAUCAUAACCCAAGGCAGAGUGACUAUGCGGGAGAAAAAGCGAGAAGGUUCUUCUUAAUCAAAAUGCAAUUCUCGUCGAAAGAGGCAGCUGAGAGAAAGGGGGAGAAAGAGAGAGAGAGGUCCAAAAUGUGGCACAGCCAGCCCGGCUCUGGCAAAGGGAGUUGUCAAUCAAAAGCCAAACCUCCGAGACAAGCUGAUUGACAGGUAUUCCGUUUAUUGCAGUCCACUUUUAAAAAAUGAUAAUGAUGAUAAUGGUGAUGAUGAUGAUGGUGAGGAUGAAAACAAAAAAUAACCAGCCCAGCACAGGACAUUUUUUGCACUUCGCAGUUUUCCAAUCUUUUUUUUUAAAAAAAAAAUUACUAAUAAUCGAAAUUCCAUAUCCAGCCCAAAUCCCACGCCUGUUUCUGAAACACGACUAGCAUAUUCCAGCCGUUGGGCGAACGGUUCUAAAGACAGAAAAUGAAAUGUAUUUUUUUCUUUCCUUUAAAAACAGGUUCCGUGUGCUUUUUCAGUUUUCGUUUUAUGAGAAAUGUGCAGUCUGUAAGCAUUUAUUGAUAACUUCUGACGUCAAAGUGAUUGUGGAAGCUAAACGAAGUAGCAGCUCACCAAUAGUGUUCCUCUAAAAGGAAAAAAGAAAAGGGGAGAAUCUGA